UACAUUUCCCAUGAGCCAAUUCGCUUCAAGCAUAGGAUCUAUGUGCUCUUAGCAGAUGUUGCACACGGAAUUCUUUUAAAGGGACACAAGACCGGACUAGAAUGUACUGCAGAUGACUUCAUGAACUGCUUGCCGUGUUUAUCCUGAUCAAAUUGACACCAUUUAGGUUCUGCCAUGGCAGAUGGUGUGGACCUCACCCGAAAGUUUGUGUCAGAGUCUGAACUAGAAGACAAAAGAAAGAAAAGACAGGAAGAAUGGGAGAAGAUCCGCAAGCCUGAUGAUCCAGAGGAGGUCCCAGAAGAAGAGUACGACCCCCGAUCUCUAUUCGAGAGGCUACAAGAGCAGAAAGACAAGAAACAGGAGGAAUAUGAGGAGCAGUUUAAAUUCAAGAACAUGGUUAAAGGUCUGGAUGAAGACGAGACCAGCUUUCUUGACGAGGUGUCACAGCAGCAGUGUCUAACAGAGAAACGCAGGCAGGAUGAGGAAGCUCAGGAGAUAAAAGAAUACAGGAGUGCUCUACAGAAGCUGGCUAGCAGCGAGAGCCAAAAGGAGGAGUCAGAGAAAAAAGCAGGACCUAAACCAUCAGAACACAAGACCAGUCACCUUUCUCAGGCCCACCUGUUGGCUGGGGCAGUCAAACGGCGCAGCUCAUCUCUGUCUUCAGAAGGAAGUAAAAAGCAGAAAGUAGAAGAGACAGUUGCCGGCAAUGGCAGUCAGACAGAGCAGGAGGCGGGUGAGCCUAAAUCCCUUGGCGUGGGUGUGACUCACUCGGGCGUUUUCCACCUGCCCUCCGCCACUGUAUGCGUGGGCAUUCUGCCAGGGCUUGGAGCUUACUCGGGCAGCAGCGAUUCUGAGUCCAGCAGCGACAGUGAAGGUAGCGUGGACGAGAUUGGCUUUCCCAUAAAGCGCCACAGGCUCUUCAGAUAGACACAUUUACAGAUCACACUGCUAACUCUCACACUCUCCCUGUACACCUGUGCUGUACUGCCCAAGGCUCGGGCUCCGACCCCUUGCCUACUCAGCAGUGUGGAGCACAAAUCAGUACCUAAAAUGAUUUAGCUCCUUGAGUAUCUCUUAUUUCAGCUGAAUACUGUGUGUUUAAAGUUUGGAUAGGUCUGUUUAAUUUUUUGCUUAAUGUUUAUUAAAGGCGAUGUAAUGUUAAUUUGGAUUUUGGUUGUUGUUGAUGUGUUGUACUCUCAAAACAUGACAAUUCCCCCAUCCUCCUCAUAUUACGUUUCAUACAGUUUAAACCCCUGGCAGCUUAACCUGGUGAAACACCUACCCACCUGCCCCUGCGGCUUCUGCUGAGCUAGUGGCCAAGGGGACACUGACUGACUGACUGACAUCCAAGGAUCAAGAAGACUGCUAAAUGAAACUUUAAGUCCAAAUCUCUGACAUCAUCACAAGACAAAUCAGACAUAUUUUGGGCAGUGCCUGUUUGAAGAUGUUUAAAUGUCUUGAUUGAGUUUUAAGUUUCUUUGACUUCUUUUAAAAAAACAAAAUGCUGCAAUGCUAAAUGCUGGAAUUUUCAUGAACUGUGCCCUAUAAGGACAUGAAAUGUGUGUGUGACGUUCACUGGAAUGAAGAUGAGAAUGAAAAUAAAGAUGUUUCUCGUGUA